CGAACUUCUGCUUCUGUUGCUGAGCCAUUGCAGUCUACUGUCGAGCGUUACGCAAGAGAACACGCAUGUCCUUCACAUCUAUUUCGGCGCGCGCGGGAGCUUGGGCCACAUGCCUCGGCUGUUCUUGCUCCACCUGUUCCCCACUGCCACAUGCUUCUGACGUCUCACCUGCUUUCGAACCUAUCGUUCCCCCUUCCGGACGAUGGUGCCGAUGAUCCGAUGGCAGUCCAAAGUUUCAAGAGCUACCCAGCUCUCACUCAGCUGGUCUCGUUUCCUGUCCUCAGCUGCUGCUACCAAACAUCACCUUAACGGCCUCCAUCGCUAGCUGAAUAAACAUCAUCCAACAGGACAUCCAUAGUCAUGCCUCCACCAGCAUGGAUCCAAGACAAUGUUCCAGUACUAUUGCGCCCGUUACUGCUACUUCUUACCUCCGUCUAUCACUUCUUCAUGACCAUUCUUGAAGUCAUCUUCAUCGAGCGCCGACCAUGGACCCUCUUCAACCUCACCAAGCUACGCUACAAAUCCUUUGCGCGCCUAUGGACACACAACGGCGAAGCAAUGUCCAUCGAAAUGUCCGGCCCCCUCACAGAACUGCUCUCAGUCUGCGAAGGCGUGGUCCUCGACAUCGGCCCCGGGUCCGGCGAGAUACUAUCCCGCUUCGACGCGUCGCGCAUCAGCGCCAUGUACGGCGCCGAGCCCGCCGAGGACCUGCACAAGGGCCUGUUGCGGAACGCGCAGAAAACCGGGUUCGGCGACAAGUACCACGCGCUGCUGUGCGGCGGCGAGCCGGAGAGCCUGAUCCCGGCGCUGCACAAGAGCGGCGUCCUCGAGAUCAGCGGCAGAGCGGGCCUCGCGUCCGACGGCGUGUUCGACGAGAUCUGCUGCGUGCGCGUGCUGUGCGGGGUGCCGCAUGCCCAGGAGACGGUCAACGGGCUGUACAACCUGCUGAAGCCGGGCGGCCGCAUGGUGGUCUGCGAGCACGUUGCGAAUCCGUGGCGGACCGAGGGCCGGAUGCUGGCGCGCGCCAUGCAGGUUGUGUAUACGCUGCUCGGGUGGCCGUUUUUCAUGGGCGGGUGCGAGCUGCAGAGACACACGGCCGAUUUCCUUAAGGAGGCGGGCGAGUGGGAUAAGUUUGACUUGAAAUACUAUGGGCCCAAGGAUGCGAUUCCGUUCGUUGUGGGCGAGCUGGUGAAGAAGGGGGGGAAGACGUAUGCUGAAGUGGUGCAGGAAUAGGCUUCUGCUUGAGGGUUGCGGUGAGAUUAUAAGGUAUUGAUUCCAUCGUAUUCUACCACAGCGCUUGAGGUAUAACACAUGUUCUGAGUAGCGCUGACUGAUUUGUCGACGCCCCUGACGUCUCUUGACGGAAACGAAGUGAGUGAUUAGGCUUUAGCCAG